GUCGUUAAACGACCAUUCUUCUCACGCGUGCGCGUCCGAGCGCGGUUCUAAUCAAGUGUCUAGAUCGAGUAAAUAAAGGUGCAAUCUGGAGCCCCUCUUCCUCGCCGUGUCAAAAAAUCAAUUCAUUUUAUUGACAUCGGAGGAUAAAAGAGAAGAGAUCCAGUUGCAAAAAGCUCCACGCACAUCCCUGCAUUCUUACGCUGCGCGUGCGCAACAGGCGCCGCCUGUUUGGCAACAACGCGAGUCGCGAGUGUCGCGGAGUCUCUCUCCUCUCUCUUUCUGAUCAGUUCGUUCUGAGAUUACGAGGCAAAAGGGUUCGCUCGCGUUCGCGCGGUCACGAAGCGCGUCGAAUCGAACGACAAAGCGAACGCUUUCCAUCUGUUCCCCUGACGACGAUAGAAAAAAAAAAAGGAAUCCCGACUCAAAGUCGAAAACGUUUUGUGGCGCGGUGAAAGGUGUGAAACGAAGUAGAACGAGAGAUAGAGAAAGUCGGACGUACGAGAGUGCGCGAGCGAGCAUUGGUAUUCAAGGGAGCGAGAGAGAGAGAAAAAGAGAGGGAGCGAGAGAUAAAAACGACCGACGUGGGGGGCAGAGGGGAGCAGACCAAAGUGCGGGGCACAGCGCACAGCUGUUCCGUGGAAGGAAGAGGAGGCGGCGCGGAGGGGGAGGUGUCGAAUAUACGCGUCGACGUGAGCGAACGAACGGAAGAGGACGUCGGGGACUCGACCGGUGUACGGAAGUCGAACGAGCGCGUUAUCGAGAAUCGAGAAUACGUCGCGCGCGCAGUACGAAGGUCACGCGAGAAAGCUGUGGAGGUCGCGUAACGAGAGAUCUGCACGGGCGAACGAGAACCGUCGUGGGAAUUUCAGCUCCUACCGCACGCGAGGCGACCGUGCAGAGGGAGAGGUGCGAACGACGAGAGAAGAGGCGAGGAUACACUUAUAAACGGCGGCCACCCAUUAGAAUCCCGUGCCAUUCGGCGGCGUCGCGUCGCGUCGCGCUCCUUUCGACUCGUCGUCUUCCCGUCGUUCCGCGAUUACCGUGCGCGUCUGUCACCGAUUCGGCGGGCUGCAGGUGUCCGACAACGAAAAGAUCUAACAACCGAAGAGGGGGGAAGAGGGGAGAAGUUAUAUAGUUGACGUUUCCUCGCGAGAAAGCGGUGUCGCGAGCGAAAGCAGGAGAGACGAGUCUCCGCUUCUUGAAGGCACGACUCGAGUGGGGAAAAAAAACCGGAGAAAAAAAAACCAUGUGGCGUCCAACGAGUAGAGGAACCCAAAUGGAGGAACGUGUUACAGAGGACGAUAAGGAGCAGCGACGGAGGAAGUGCGACAACAACGACGACGACGACAAGCGCAAAUACGACGAGGACGAGGUGGGCAACAUCGACUCCGGAUUCCUGUCGGGCGGCAACCUGCAGUUCAGCGGCGAGAUCAGCGGCGACUCGGGGUUGCUGCAUUCGCGGGAGGAGGGACGGUGGGGCGAGGGGGAGGAGGGGGUGGAGCAGGGGAAGCCGACCGUGGCGCCCAAGGCGAGGACACCGGCAUCAUCGUCAUCAUCGGCAGCGUCGGCGACGAUUGUCCAUGAGGAGCCAAUGAAGGCGCUCGACAGCGGCGUGGACCUCGACCUCACCGAGACCCUGAGCCAGCUCAGCCUGAAACAGGUCAGCCUGAACCCGCUCGCCGGCGAGAUCCAGGCCGCCGAGCCGACGACCCCCAAGCUGUUGCCCGUGAGCGCGAAUCUUACGCGGGACAACGAGAACGAUACGUUAGAGCGGCAUUGCCCGGGGGACGACAACGUUAUAAACUAUGGGACGAGCAACGAGGAACUCUGGCAGCUGUACUACACGCAGGACGACGACGGUGACACGCAACUGCACAUCGCGAUCGUACAGGGCUUCGUGGAGGCUGCGCUCUAUUUGAUAAAGAUGGUCCCUUACCCGUGCCUACUGGACACCAUGAACAACGACUGGCAGUCGCCCCUGCACCUGGCAGUGCUGACGCGCCAGCCGUGGAUCGUCAGACGACUGAUCCUGGCGGGUGCGGAUCCAUCCCUGAGGAAUUUCCGUGGAAACACGGCACUUCACCUGGCCUGCAUGAGCGGGGACCUCGCUUGCGCCAAGGCCCUCACGGACCCGCUGUCCGUGACGGAGAGUAACAAGCUGAUACCCGGACAGACAGUGCCCGCUUUACCUCAGAAUUUGGAGCAACGUAAUUAUAGCGGCGAGAUGUGCAUGCACGUGGCUGCUGUCAAUGGACACGUGGAUCUGGUGCGACUUCUGUUGCGUUCAGGCGCCGAUCUCAAGGCGAAGGAGGGCCUGGCGGGAUACACGGCGCUUCAUCUCGCGGUGGAGCACGAGGAUUGGCCGUUGUUUGAUUUCCUAUUGCCAGAAUGCCAGCGCGCGUCGUGUCUAAACGAGGAAACGUACAGCGGUAGAACGGCCUAUCAGUUGACCCUGGAUGCCAACAGCAAAUUCGCCAAGAAGGCACGCAGGGAGCUGAAGCGAUACGGCGCGAUAUUGGAACCACUACCGGAAUCGGAUUCCGACAGCAGUUCCGAGAACAGCGAAGACGAGGAGACGAUGAAGACAUCGUGGACGGAUAACUUGUCCGCUAUCAAUACGCAAAACGCGGUCGGAAUGACAGUAAUAGUGACUCAGUAAUUUAAAGUAUCCCUCGAUAUCUAAUUUAUCGAUUAAUUUGGUUAGAUAACUGUCUGAAUAAUGUGAAUAAGGAGAUAAAAAAAUACUGUGCAUAUUGUGUGCAUAUGCAUGCGGAAAACGUAUCUCGAUUGACAUCGACGUGUCUGUGACGUCAUUUUAAUCUAUCAGCCGAAUUGAUACAAUCGGAGACAUUACAUUGAAUAAAAUUUGUCAGACAAGAGAGAUCUAGAUUAUAGAUAUCUCAUAUUUUCGAUUCUUGUGCAAUAAGUUUAACUUGAGCUUUAACGUUAACAAAAUUAUCUUUAUUAAUGAGAAUUAAAUUUCAACAAGUAAUUCUUUAUCUGGAAAGAAUAAUUGGCUUUAUUCGAUUAAAUAAAAAUUGUAUUUCGUGGAAAUUUACUUGCGGCUUGAAUUUGAUAACGCUGGACGAUAUCGUGUUAAUAUUAUUGAAUGCAAUUAAGGCACAUAAUUAUUUUUAUUUUCAAAAUUGUUAAAAUUUAUAACAAAAUUUAUUAUAAUUUUUUAUUAUAACAAAAUUUAUAACAAAAAUUUUACGAUGCAAGUUCGAUGUAUAUAAUGCACGAAUAAAGAGUCAAUGUUUAGCUUUGAAGCUCCUGACGUCAUCUUAAUCUGCUGGAUUAAGGUCUACAGUAAAAGAAAAUGAAAGAAUUAUCAGUUAAGUAUAGAUAAGGAGUAGAAUUUCUCGAGAUUAGUUUCAAUGUAUAUUAUAUCUAAUAGGCGAUCAUAGAGACUACGUCUCUUGAGUCGACGAGUAUUACUAUUGUAAUACAAUUAUAGACUGCGUAUGCUUUUCGAAUCGAUACCGGCAGCAAUGUGAGGGAUGAGAGGAGACGCGUGGGAAUCGAGGAUCUCAGAAACGAACUUAUACGCGAUUAACGAAACAUUCAAUUACGAACGAGGCGACGACGCGUGGACGCGGGUUGUCUUAACGGUCGUUCGUUUUUUCCCCCUUCCCCUAGUAAUUUUUCGCAGUGGAUGGGCGUGCAGCAUCCCGAAGUGUGUUGUUCCAAAUAAGGCUGUACAAAUGAUACAAAGGACAAAUGUAUAUUUUAACGUCAGUGUUCUUACAUUUUUAUGUUUGUCAGAGAGAGAGUCUGUGAGCGAGAUGCAAUAGCACCGGAAUGUGUGACUACGACGCGAAAGUGGAAUAUUUGCGCUUAUCGAAUGCGAUACUUUAUGAUGUAAAUAGAAGAGUACUGUUCAGUUCGGCGAUACGAAUACUCGUGAAGAAAGGUCUUAUUAUAGGUCUUAAGUCGUAGGGUAAAACCGUAAUCGAUGCGCAGAAACAGAAUGCAUAUUAGAACGGAGAUAAAUAAUUAAAUUCACAUUCUUACGCGCGCCUAUGAGCGGCGUGCAAUGUAUAUAUAAUGUAUUUAUAUGUCAGCGUAUCGAAGAAGAAGGAUCCAGAGCGAUACGAUGUUUAUCAACGAUGAACAUUAACCGGAUCAGUGUUCAUUGUAAUAGCAUACAAUUGCUUCCAUCGACGUACUCCUCAUUUCUUCGUGUACAUAAACAUUUUCCGUUAGAGU